AUGACGAUGAUCGACGAACAUAUUUUCCACAAUGCUGAACAAUUGACUAAAUUACUCGACCGUUAUUUUGCCGGUGAACUCGAAUGUAAAACAAAAGAUAGUCAUAAAUUCUUCUUAGAAAAAUAUGAUGAACCUGAUGGAAAAGAAAUAGAACGGCUCGCCAAUAUACGUCAAUGGAUGUCGAAGCAUCAGGAUCUCAAUCAAAAUUUCGAUGUUGAGAAAAUCAAACAAGAAGUGAAAUAUCAAGUUGAAUCAUUGUCAACACAGAUGACUCUUUAUGCACUAGGCGAAUGUACGCCUGCAGAAAUCGAUGAACUCUGUGAUGCUGAUAUUAAUGAAGCGUUCAGUGUUUUAUUGCAAAAUAUUGCUCAUCUUUAG